UACAAGGACUAAGGAUAACCACCAAAAUGGCGCGCACGAAGCAAACCGCGAGAAAAUCGACAGGCGGUAAAGCCCCCAGAAAACAACUAGCGACAAAAGCCGCUAGAAAAAGCGCUCCAGCGACUGGAGGCGUCAAAAAACCUCACAGAUAUCGUCCAGGGACCGUCGCUUUAAGAGAAAUAAGAAGAUAUCAGAAAAGUACAGAGCUUCUUAUAAGAAAGCUGCCGUUCCAACGAUUAGUCAGAGAAAUUGCUCAGGAUUUCAAAGAGGAUUUGAGAUUUCAGAGUUCAGCUGUAAUGGCGCUUCAAGAAGCGAGUGAAGCGUAUUUAGUUGGGUUGUUCGAAGAUACGAGUUUGUGCGCAAUUCACGCUAAGAGAGUUACGAUAAUGCCUAAAGAUAUUCAAUUGGCGAGAAGAAUUCGCGGUGAGAGAGCGUAGUAACUAUAUUACAGAAAUAUUUAAUUAAAUA